CAUCGGAAGAAAAAGCACAUUCAUCUCCUUAGCAGAUUUUCAGCAGAUUUUCUCAAGAUGCAGAUCUUUGUUAAGACUCUCACCGGCAAGACCAUCACCCUCGAGGUGGAGAGCAGCGACACCAUCGAUAAUGUCAAGGCUAAGAUCCAGGACAAGGAAGGGAUUCCCCCGGAUCAGCAGCGUCUGAUCUUCGCCGGGAAGCAACUCGAGGAUGGCCGUACUCUUGCUGACUACAACAUCCAGAAGGAGUCCACCCUCCAUCUCGUCCUUCGUCUCCGUGGUGGUAUGCAGAUCUUCGUCAAAACUCUCACCGGCAAGACUAUAACCUUGGAGGUUGAGAGCUCCGACACCAUCGAUAACGUCAAGGCUAAGAUCCAGGAUAAGGAAGGUAUUCCACCAGAUCAGCAGCGUCUGAUCUUCGCCGGCAAGCAGUUGGAGGACGGCCGUACACUCGCCGACUACAAUAUUCAGAAGGAGUCAACCCUCCACCUUGUCCUCCGCCUCCGUGGUGGUAUGCAGAUCUUCGUCAAGACCUUGACCGGCAAGACAAUCACCCUCGAGGUUGAGAGCUCCGACACCAUUGAUAACGUGAAAGCUAAGAUCCAGGACAAGGAAGGCAUCCCACCGGAUCAGCAGCGUCUGAUCUUCGCUGGCAAGCAGCUGGAGGAUGGCCGCACCCUUGCCGACUACAAUAUCCAGAAGGAGUCCACUCUCCACCUCGUCCUUCGACUCCGUGGUGGUAUGCAGAUCUUCGUCAAGACCCUGACCGGGAAGACAAUUACCCUUGAGGUCGAGAGCUCCGACACCAUUGACAACGUUAAGGCUAAGAUCCAGGAUAAGGAGGGCAUCCCACCAGAUCAGCAGAGGUUGAUCUUUGCCGGUAAGCAGCUCGAGGAUGGCCGCACUCUGGCUGACUACAACAUCCAGAAGGAGUCCACCCUUCACCUCGUGCUCCGUCUCCGUGGAGGAAUGCAGAUUUUUGUCAAGACUUUGACUGGGAAGACAAUUACCCUCGAGGUGGAGAGCUCGGACACCAUUGACAAUGUCAAGGCGAAAAUUCAAGACAAGGAGGGCAUCCCCCCAGACCAGCAGAGGCUGAUUUUCGCUGGAAAGCAGCUGGAGGAUGGAAGGACCCUGGCUGAUUAUAACAUUCAGAAGGAGUCUACCCUUCACCUUGUCCUGCGUCUGCGUGGGGGUCUCUAAGCUGCUGUUCUGAUUAAGAAUCAAGAUGUGUGUGUUUUCUUCCAUUCUGUGUUAAGGGAUGAUGAGUCCCUUGGAAUAAAUCUGUGUUUCUCUUCUGCCUUCUUUCCACCUUGUUUUGUUACCGAACUUUUCAUCCUUUCAGUUGUUGAAUAAAAUCUGGUGCUUUUUGCCCAAAUCUUAUGAUUAAUUUUCUGUUCUUGGUUUGCAUUUGAUUAUCUAUUGUUUCUUCUUUUGGGAAUGAAUAGAAUUCAAUUGA